AACCAACUAUAUGGAAACCUCCCUUCUACUAUAGGCACUCUAGUUGGGCUGGAGUUGUUACAAUUAGGUAAAAACCAAUUCACAGGAAAAAUCCCCUCUACCAUAGGUAUGCUUCAAAAGCUACAACUUGUUAGUCUAUUUCAAAACCAAUUUUCAGGGCAGAUUCCAGAUACCAUAGGGAACUUAUCAUUGCUGAAUAAACUUUAUUUAGAUUCCAACAGAUUGGAAGGGCAUAUUCCAUCAACCUUGGGGAAUUGUCGUAAUCUAUUGAAGUUGUACCUUUAUGAUAACAAACUUAGCGGCACCAUACCUAAACAGCUACUUCAACUUUCAUCUCUAUCGAUAGAAUUAGUUCUUUCUCAUAACAACCUAAGUGGUUCACUUCCAACUGAGGUCGGAGACCUCACAAUGUUGUCUACCUUGGAUUUAUCCUAUAAUAAUUUGUCUGGAAACAUUCCGAGUAGCCUUGGUGGUUGUGCUAGCCUUUCAACUUUAUCUCUUAAAGGAAACUUAUUUCAAGGCAUUAUACCAACAUCGGUAAGUUCCUUGAGAGGAUUGGAGGUACUCGAUCUAUCUCAAAAUAACCUAUCAGGCCCCAUUCCCCUGUUCUUGGAACAACUUGCUUUACAGUUAGUGAACCUAUCCUAUAAUCAAUUUGAGGGUAAGGUACCAGUCCUAGGAGUGUUCUCCAAUGCAAGUUCAUUCUCAAUUUCAGGAAAUAAAAAGCUUUGUGGUGGCUUGGUUGAACUUGGGUUACCAAAGUGCAAGGAGGCAGAGAAACAUAAGAGAAGGUUCCCACUGUUCUUAAUAUUGAUACUGACUUUCUCCUCACUCUUCGUCAUAUCAUGUUUAAUGUAUGUCUGGUUCAAAAAGAGAAGCAGGGACCAACUUUGUCACUCAUCAAUGAAUGAAACACGAAUUUUGAGACUUUCAUACAGUGAACUUCUCAAGGCAACCGAUGGUUUUUCUAAACCGAAUUUAAUUGGAACGGGUGGGUUCAGUUCUGUUUACAAAGGAACCCUGGAUCAAUAUGACAAACCUGUUGCAAUCAAAGUUCUACAUCUCCAAAAUCGAGGAGCUCAUAGAAGCUUUAUAGCGGAGUGUGAAGCAUGGCAGAAUAUUCGACACCGAAAUAUAUUGAAGAUCAUAACUUCAUGUUCAGGUAUUGAUUUCAAGGGAAAUGAUUUCAAGGCUUUGGUAUAUGAGUUCAUGUGCAAUGGGAGUUUACAUGACUGGUUGCAUUCAAGUGCAAGUAUAUCCAAGCUGAACAUUCUUACAAGAAUAAAUAUCCUCGUUGAUGUCGCAAACGCACUUGAUUAUCUUCACAAUUACUCCUUAACCACCAUUGUCCAUGGUGACUUAAAGCCUAGCAACGUUCUACUUGACGAUGAUAUGGUGGCCCAUGUUGGAGACUUUGGCUUAACUCGGUUUCUUGGAACAGAAUCAUACCCAAACAGCUCAGUCGGGAUUAGAGGAACGAUUGGUUAUGCUCCUCCAGAGUAUGGUCUCGGGAAUGAGAUGACAAAUAGUGGGGAUGUCUACAGUUACGGAAUAUUAUUAUUGGAGGUAAUGACGGGGAAAAGUCCGAUAGAUGACAUGUUUAACGAAGACUUUAACCUUCAUAAAUUUGCUUACAUGGCCUUGCCGGACCAUGUAAAUGAUAUUAUUGAUGAGGAGCUUCUAAAGUUUCAUCAAGAGGAUGCAAUUCCUAUGAAAAGUAUGCCAGCAAAUGCAAUGAAAAUAGAGGAAUGUCUGGCUUCAACAGUCAAGAUUGGUGUAUCAUGCUCUGUCGAUUCCCCAUGCCAGAGGAUGGACAUAAAAAAUGUCAUCAUCGAGUUGCAACAUAUUUUGUGCACGCUUCAACAUAUUUGAUUGAGUUGAAAGACUCCGCAACAAGAAGAUGGUGCAUCAGGUACUAUAGU